UUCUAGCUCAGCGUUUCAGUAAAAUGGCUGUGUCUCGCGGAGCCUCGUGCUGGUUUGGUUGGUUUCUAGCUCACUCUCUCGUUCUGUAACAGAAGCCCCCCCACAUUUGUGUCGGUGAAUUUAAUUCCCUGGCUCUCUAUUUAUAUUCUCCCUUAAACUUUUAGUUGAAACGGAGUCGCCGUGGAUACCGGAUUCGGUCCGGAGGAAGGGGGAAUGAACCGGGGCACGGGUACAUUGUUUAAAUAAUUGUAUUUAUGUUCAAUGCUACUCAGAGUUUGAUUGUGAGUGACUCGCAGUGCUGAGAGAGAGGGAGAGAGGAAUAUCAUGGCCGCUCAGGUCGCCAGCGCCGCCACUCUCAACACUAGCCCGCCAUCGGAACUCAAAAAGCCGGAUCGGGACCCGCAGGAGGAGUCGGUACCGGGAGAGAAACAACAUGAAAAUAAGGAACCGGGAUCUGACAGCGGAUCACCGGGCCAGAAGGAGCUGCAGGACGGGAGCGAUGCUGGAAAUUCUGGGGGAGGAGGGGAUUCUGACAUGAAGAACGGGAACGGGAAUUUACCAAGGGUAAAUAAUAACAGCAGCAACCAGAAUGAUACAGGGGGGCCCGAAGGAAAUAACCAUCCCGGGAUGGGACACCACCACUCGGGCCCCUUUCCUCCACCUCCUUACGGUUACAACCAGCACUACAGCCGGGCCCCUUUUCAUCAACAUGGCGGACAACAAAGCCCUGGCAUGGCAGCUGCAUCGGGGCCGGCAGUGCAACCAGGCAGUAUGAUGGACUCUUACCCUCCUAAUUCACACGAGCACGGCUACCCAAACCAUUACAACAACUACAGCCCAUUCCCAAAUAGGACUUCUUACCAGGGCCAAGGAUACGGGGCCAUGAAUUCCCCGCGUAAUAACCAGCCUCCGGCGGCUGGGGGGCAGCCAGGCAAGCAACAGCCCGCAGGAGGAACCGCUGCUAUGGCUGCCUCUUACAAUAAUCAGAGGUAUAACAUGGGAAAUCAACAACCUACAUCUACACCAACUUUAAAUCAGCUGCUGACCUCUCCAAGCUCUGCGAGGAGCUAUCAAAAUUACCCUCAAGGAGACUAUAACAAUCAGGAAGGGGCCAGCAAGGGACCAGCAGAUAUGGGAAGCAGUCAGUAUGGUGGGGGCCAUCCGAGUUGGCAACAAAGAAGCCAUCAUCCUCCUCCCAUGAGCCCGGGAAACACUGGACAACCUCUUAACCGAAAUCAGCCUCCGGCUGCCAUGGAUCCGGCGGGGAAGAUGCGGGGCCAACAAUACGGCGGGGCCAACCCCUACUCCCAACAACAACAGCAGCAGCAACAGCAGCAGCAGCAACAGCAGCAGCAGGGGCCACCGUCGGGCCCCGGGGCCCAGCAAGGUGGCCCCUACCCGGGGCAGGGUUACGGGCCAGCGGGCCCACAGAGGUACCCCAUGGGGAUGCAGGGGCGCACCCCUGGCGCCAUGGCUGGCAUGCAGUACGGACAGCAGAUGUCUGCCUACGGCCAGCAGGGUCCUGGGGCCUACGGGCAGCAGGGCCAGGGCUACUACGGCCAGCACGGCCCCCCGUCGCACCCGGGCCAACAGCCUGGCCCCUACCCCAGCCAGGCCCAGGGCGGCUCCACGGGCCCCUACCCGCAGCCAGGCCACCCCUCGCAGCCGCCUGGUCAGCACGGGCAGCCUGGAGCGCCCUACCCUCAGUCCCAGGGCCCGCCUCAGGGUCCCCAGCCCCCCUACAGCCAAUCCCAGCCGGGCCAGCCGCCGUACACCCCUCCUUCUCAGCAACAGCAGCCUCCGGCGCAGCCUCAACAACAACAACAACAACCGCCGACCCCCCAACAACAACAGCAGCAGGGUCCAGGUCCCCAGAGCCAGCAGGGGCCUCAGGGCCAGCCUGGCUACCCCCAGAGGGAAGGACCCGGGCAGCCCCCACAACAACAACAACAACAACAGCAGCAACAAACACCGCCGCAACAACAGCCACAGCAGCAACAACAACAAGGGCCUUCGCAGCAACAGCGCGAGCAGCAGCAACAGCGCGAGCAGCAGCAACAGCGUGAACAGCAGCAACAGCGCGAGCAGCAGCGCGAACAACAACAACAGCGGGAACAACAACAACAGCGGGAACAACAACGUGAACAACAACAACAGCGUGAACAGCGUGAACAACAACAACAACAACAACCUCCGCAGCGGGAGCAGCGCGAGACCGGGGGUCCGUCUCCCCAGUCCCAGCAGCCCCCGGGCCACUCGCAGCAGGGCCAGCGCUCGCCCUACUCCCAGACGCCCCCCCAGCAGCAGCAGCAGUCCCCCUUCCAGAGGUUCCCGCCUCCACCACAGGAGCUCUCCCAGGAUUCCUUUAGCUCGCAGUCCAGUGCCCCCCCCUCCAACCAGCCCGUGGCCUCCAACAAGAGCAGCCAGGAGGACAGCAUGCAAGGGCGGCCUUCCAGUCUGCCGGACCUGUCGGGCUCCAUCGACGACCUGCCCACGGGCGCCGAGAGCGCCCUGAGCCCGGGGGUCAGCACCUCGGGGGUGUCCAGCAGCCAGGGAGAGCAGAGCAACCCGGCCCAGUCGCCCUUCUCCCCGCACACCUCCCCCCACCUGCCGGGCCUCCGGGGGCCCUCGCCCUCCCCCGUGGGCUCCCCCGCCAGCGUCACCACCUCCAGGACCGGGCCCCUCUCGCCGGCCGCCGUGCCAGGUAACCAGAUGCCCCCGCGGCCGCCCAGCGUGCAGUCGGACGGCAUCAUGCACUCUACCAUGAACCAGUCGGCCAUGGGCCCGGAGAGGGUGUACAUGAGAAACCCCCAGAUGGGCCCCUACGGGUCCCCCGGUCAGCCCGGCUCCGCCUUAUCUCCCCGCCAGUCCUCCGGGGGCCAGAUGCACGCCGGCAUGGGCCCCUAUCCCCAGAACAACUCCAUGGGCAACUACGGACCCCAGGGGGCCCAGUACGGCCCUCAAGGCUACCCCAGGCAGCCCGGCUACAGCAACAUGCCCAACUCUAACUACCCGGGAGGCCCCGGCAUCGGCGGCUCCAUGAACCCCAUGCCGGGCCAGGGCGGCGGGGCGCCCUACGCCGGCAUGCCCCCCGGCCGCAUGGGCCCCGGGCAGAUGGGCCCGCGGCCGUACGGCCCCGCCGGCAUGGGCCCCAACAUGGGGCCCGGCUUGCCCCCCCAGGUGGCCUCCGGGAUGUGUCCGCCCCCGGGCAUGAACAGGAAGGAGGGCGGCCCCCCCAUGCUCCACGGCCCCGGCAACUCCAUACACACCAGGCCGCCCGGUUACCCCAACAUGUCCCAGGGCAUGAUGGGCGCGGGCUCCCCGUAUGGCCCGGGCAUGAACAACAUGCCCGGCAUGAUGAACCAAGGCGGUCCAGGCCCGUACCCCAUGGGGGGCAACAUGGUCAACAACUCCCCCGGCAUGGCCCCCAGUCCAGAGUUUGGCAUGGACAAGAUGAACCCCGGCCAGAAGAUGAACAACAAAAUCGACGGUCCCCCCAAGCAAGAAACUACUAAAAAGAAGUCGAGCUCGUCCACCAUCACCAACGAGAAGAUCACCCGCCUGUACGAGCUGGGCCCCGAGCCGGAGAGGAAGAUGUGGGUGGACCGCUUCCUGGCCUUCGCCGAGGAGAAGGCCAUGGGCAUGAACAACCUGCCCGCCGUGGGCCGCAAGCCCCUGGACCUCUUCCGCCUCUACGUGUCCGUCAAGGAGAUCGGGGGGCUCACCCAGGUGAACAAGAACAAGAAGUGGCGGGAGCUGGCCACCAACCUGAACGUGGGCACGUCGAGCAGCGCGGCCAGCUCGCUGAAGAAGCAGUACAUCCAGUGUCUGUACGCCUUCGAGUGCAAGGUGGAGCGCGGAGAGGACCCGCCCGCCGACUUCUUCAACACGGACGUCAAGAAGAACCAGGCCAAGGUCCAGCCCCCCAGCCCAGCGGUGGACGGUGUGAAUGAGGACCCGAGCUUCGACAGCGGCCUCAUACACUGGAGCAUCGGCGGCGGAGACACCACCGAACACAUCCAGACCCACCUGGAGAGCCGGGUGGAUCUGCUCCACCGGCCGCGCAAGCGGACGCCCGUCGCGGCGCAGAGCAGGAAGACGGCCGUCGAGGAGGUGACCAUGACGACGGUCCUGACGAUGGACGCCGCCGCCCCGACGGCAACGACGACGACGACGGAAACCCCCCAGAGCAAGACGGCCUCGCCCCGGCCCUCCUCGGAGCCCCCCCGCGACUCGGAAGAGAAGAGCGAGACGACGACGACGACGACGACGACGACGAAGGCGGCGUCCCCGGCCCGCCCCGUCGUGGCCACCAUCGACGACGUGCUGUUGGCGCGGCCUGCCUCCGUGCCGGCGGACCAGAAGGACGGCGGCGGCAAGUUCCUGCUGGGCCUGCAGGGCCGGCGCCACCUGAAGAUCCUGGAGGACGAGCCGCACAGCAAGGACGAGACGCCGCUCAGCACGCUGGCGGACUGGCAGGACUCGCUGGCGCGCCGCUGCGUCUGCGUGUCCAACAUCGUGCGCAGCCUCUCCUUCAUCCCGGGCAACGACCAGGAGAUGUCCCGGCACCCGGGCCUGCUGCUGCUGCUGGGCCGCCUGGUGCUGCUGCACCACCGGCACCCCGAGCGCAAGCAGGCGCCCGUCACCUACGAGAAGGAGGAGGAGGAGGACGAGGGCGUGAGCUGCGAGCGCGACGAGUGGUGGUGGGACUGCCUGGAGGCGCUGCGGGAGAACUGCCUGGUGACGCUGGCCAACAUCUCGGGCCAGCUGGACCUCUCGCUCUACCCCGAGAGCAUCUGCCUGCCCCUGCUGGACGGCCUGCUCCACUGGGCCGUGUGCCCCUCGGCCGAGGCCCUGGACCCCUUCCCCACGCUGGGGCCCCACGGCUCGCUGUCGCCGCAGCGGCUGGUGCUGGAGACCCUCAGCAAGCUGAGCAUCCAGGACAACAACGUGGACCUCAUCCUGGCCACGCCGCCCUUCGGCCGGCUGGAGAGGCUGUACGGCGCCCUGGUGCGGCUGGUGGGCGAGCGCAAGGUGGCGGUGUGCCGGGAGAUGGCGGUGGUGCUGCUGGCCAACCUGGCGCAGGGCGACGGGCUGGCGGCGCGCGCCAUCGCCGUGCAGAAGGCCAGCGUGGGCAACCUGCUGGGCUUCCUGGAGGACAGCCUGGCGGCCACGCAGUACCAGCAGAGCCAGGGCCCGCUGCACCACAUGCAGGGCGGCGGCGGCGGCGGCGGGGCGGCGCCCUUCGAGCCCACCAGCGUGGACAUGAUGCGGCGGGCGGCGCGCGCGCUGCACGCCAUGGCCCGCGUGGAGGAGAACCACGCCGAGUUCACGCUGUACGAGUCGCGGCUGCUCGACAUCUCGGUGUCGCCGCUCAUGAACUCGCUGGUGUCGCACGUGAUCUGCGACGUACUCUUUCUGAUCGGCCGCUUAUGACAGCCAUGAGGGGGACUGCUGAAG